GAUGGAUCCAACUGCGGACGCAAAUGACGCCCACCCAGAAGGUUUUGUCGAUUACCAAAUGCUGCAUCGAUAUAUCUCGCUGGAUCAAAUCGAAGAGUUGCAUGAAAUUUUUGAAGAGAGAGUGGAAUUGUUCCCGGAAGAGCUACGCUCGGCGCUCACCGAUGUCGCCGGGAUCGAAUUCAGCGACGAGGACUUCGAACUGCUGUUCAUGAAACUGAACACCAACUGGGACGAGUUCUGCCAGUGGGACGAGUUCGUUAGCUACCUGCUGCUGGGCCUCCAGAUCGACGAUCCGUUGGCGGUGGAGGAAGCGCUGGUUCUGCCGAUAGCGGACGAACCGGACGCGAAGCUGGGCCGGCAGACGUACCAAAUCACCAAGAUCGAGUACAGUCCAACGUUUUCCUAUGACGGAGUCGCUGAUUGGUCCGAAGGCUUCUGGGUAACCACGAGUCGUGAGGGUUUCAUAAACAUCUGGAAGCGGGACUGGCACCUCCAUAAAGCGGGCAAAGCGUUCAGUGUGGAUUUGAAGCGAUCAACAACGGUGGUCCUGGAUACGGUAGUUCUUCCGAAUCAAAACAUGCUCUGCGUUGCAUGUCUGGAGUGCGAACUUCGUUUCUACGAUAUUAUUGGCGCUGGGUUCUUUUUGUAUUUGAUAAUUAACCGGUUGGAGAACCCUAUCAAUGCUCUGUUUUACCAUUAUUCAUCCGAUUCCCGGGACAGGCUCCUACUGGGGGACAACGUGGGAAAAAUAUACAUUAUCGAGUACUACCCGGAGAGUAAGGAACCCAUCACAGAAGACAUGUCCUCACAAGUACUCAAGAUGAGCUUUAGCAACUUUAUGGCUGGCUGCUAUCCUCAGAUGGUGUGUACUGACUAUGGUCGCAUGUUACCGGAUAUAGUACGACAGCUGGAAUAUGUCCAGCAGGUCGAUUGCUUUCUGGCCUGUUCGGAGCUUGAUCCCCUUGCUCCGCCACUUGAGAAUGAUGCGCAGCCUGUGUCAUUGGUGAUUCAAGAAAUGAGUAAACAGAUGAGGAAAUCGGUGUUUGCAGUGCCAUACGGAGUGACCUGUUUUUGUUUUUACCACCCAAAAGAUUUGUUGGCGACUGGAGGACCCGAUGGAAAGCUUAGACUGUGGGAUAUUUAUCGUCCGGAUAAACCCACUGAUACAUUACCUGGGCACAAUGCUGGCGUUAUGUACUUAUUUUUCCAGGAUCGCUCGGAGAAGCUCUACAGCAUGGACACGAAGAAGAUCGUCAAAAUCUGGGAUGUUCCCAACAAAACACUGAUACAGACGUAUCGUGAUUAUGCCAGAAAAUUGUACAAAACCGUUCCAGCCUGUGCCUAUUACGACGAUCGAAAUCGGGUGCUCUAUGUUGGUGCCAACCGGGUCCUAGCGACCCCGUGUUCCCCCGAGAUAGCCAUGGAUGUGACCGAUGGUGAAAGUCACAAUCUACCUAUCUCGGUUCUCUUGUACAAUCCAUUGUUCAAGGUCGUUAUCAGCUGUGGUUUGGAUAGUUUCAUCAUUGUGUGGAAUCACUGGCUCAAUCGGAAGCUGUUGAUCAUUCCCGAUGCCCACACUCGAAUCGUGAACGGAUUGGUUCAAAAUGUCGAAAUAACAGCGGCGUGUUUCAAUCUGAAGCUACAACUCCUGUUGACUGGUGCGCACGAUGGUUCGAUGAAGAUCUGGAACUUCAACAACGGAUCUUGUGUGUACUCGAUGGGUAUCGAAGAGGGCUGCGAAGUCACCGCAGUGUUUUGGGGAACAUCCUGCAUUCUGGCAAUGGGAUGGAACCAUGUGGUGGUAGACUUUCAUGUAGGCGAAACCGAAAUGGAGUUCCAGAUCGGUCAUGAAUGGCAAAAGUUGCACUCCGAUGAUAUACUUUGUGCCACGAUAAACCGUGGUCGACACAAAGUUCUGGCAACGUGCAGCUACUCAGGUGAACUCCUGCUCUGGAUGAUCGCAACAGGACAGGCGUAUCGAAGAUUCGACGCUGGUAAGCCAACCAGUGAUCUACCGGUUUACAUUCAAGGAUUACCCAUCGCCCAAAAGCGUAGACGAACUCGAAUGUCAAUGUAUAUGCCCAAUGAAAGUUUCCGUCAGCGAAGAUUGACUCAAAUCGUGAUGCCUCUUGGAACGAGGGCUCUACGGAAGCUCACGAUUCAUAAAUUACUCUUUCUGGAGUCGCGUCCAAUGCAUCCGGAGUAUGGUACUUUGCUGUGUUCCUUAGAUAACGGGACUGUGCAAAUUUACUCCCACCAUCCCGAUGGUAAAUAUUUGGGUUCAUUCAACGCGAUUCACAUGGCGGGAGAUCGGGUGCUCUCGAUGGCAACUGAUCCGGACAAUAAGUUUUUGUUCACCGGAACCUAUCUGGGGUAUUUGAAAAUUUGGCUGAUGGAGAAUUAUCACGUUCCACCGGAGAAACAGGUAAGAAUAAACAAGCCCGCCAUGCGGAUUCAAUUCCCGUUCUUAUUGGAAGAUGUUAUUCCCGGUCGAGCCAAACGUUCGGUAACUGAUCAACCCAACCCAUGGCUGUUGAGUUCACACCUAGCUCACCACAAUUGUAUCACCGACAUUGUUUAUAUAGCACCCUCGAAGCUCCUGCUAACCGCAAGCAGUGACCGUACAAUCCGUUUGUGGUCCCUCGCAGGCCGUUACAUAGGUCUUCUGGGAAGCCCUUACAAGUGGCCGCCGCUCAGCCCGAACGCUCCCGCUCCAUCGGACUACGCCUUCCGGAUACCUCCGGAUCUACGGCGUGAGGUGAGCUUCACCACCGCCCAAGUGCUGGCCGGUGGCGAGCGGAAGAUCCAUCUGCAGGGUCACAUUUUGAAGGAGAGCACCGAACGGAGGCACUCCGAUGUGAUUCAAACGUACGGCGAGCCGCUCGAGCAGCCCAUUCUGAAGCGGGAAACAUUCCCGUUCGCAGAGCGGACUCCCUUCCAGCCGGACCCGGAACUGGAGUCCUUGUUCGGCUUCUUUCAAGCUUUUGAGCACUUGAAGGUCCAUGAAUUCCCGUCCGAUGCGGGGGUUGAUGAGAAUGUGCUGCGAGUGAGCUCGGCAUUGGAUGCGUCCGAAGAUGUCGAUCGAAUCGAUUCAUAUCAAGAAAGGGAGAAGGGAGUCUUUAAAUAA